AUGGAUCCUCCGGACUUCGAGUCGCUGAACAUGACGGCCCAGCCCACGCCGCUCACGUACCCGGUGUGUGAGCGCUGGAGAGACGGUUCUGAGGGCUCCGUCUUCCACCUGGCAAACAUCUUUCUUUUUUUUGGAUUCAUGGGCGGCAGCGGGUUGUACGGACUCCUCUAUCUGUUUACGUUUCUCACUUUGGGCUUUUUCUGCUCCACUAUUUGGUCGUGGUCGGACCCGUGCACCACCGACACGUUCCUGUGGACUUUCGCGCUCUUCGGGACGUGUUUUGGGCAAAUGCUGCACGUGUCCUACCGGUUACGCAGCGUCACGUUUGACAAAGAGUUCGAGGAUUUGUACAACUGCCUGUUCAAGAAGCUCGGGGUGUCGCUGACGCAGUACGGGAAGAUCGUGGCGUGCUGUGAGCGCGACGUGCAGACGCUGGAGCGGGACCACUGCUUCGCCAUGGAGGGGAAGACCGCCAUAGAUAAGCUCUCCGUGCUUCUGGACGGCAGGAUUCGUGUGACGGUGAACGGGGAGUUCCUUCACUAUAUUUACCCGUUCCAGUUCUUGGACUCUCCAGAGUGGGACUCGCUCCGACCGUCAGAGGAGGGCAUUUUCCAGGUGACGCUGCGAGCUGAUAACCGAUGCCGGUACGUGACGUGGCGGAGGAAGAAGCUGUACCUGCUCUUCGCCAAACACCGGUACCUCGCCAAAAUCUUCGCCCUGGUGGUGCGAAACGAUAUCGCAGAUAAACUGUACUCUCUCAAUGACAAAGCCUACGACAGCUCCGGGCACCGCUACGACCUGCGCCUGCCCAGCUUCUGCCACCCGCCGCACCUGUCGCCCGAAUACAACCAGGGACAUCCACACCUGUCGCCCGAAGACAACCAAGAACAUCCGCAACCGUUAUCCGAAGACAAACAGGAACAUCCACAACCGUCGCCUGAAAACAACCAGGGACAUCCGCAACCGUCACCUAAAGACAAACAGGAACAUCAGCACCUGUCGCCCGAAGACAACCAGGAACCUGUCCACCCCUCACCUAUCCGCCGCACACCUGUCUGCCGCCCACCUGCCCGAAGGAACCGGGGAUCAGAGGGUCUCCUGCAGAUGCCAGCACGGGGGAGGACUACCUGAGAAAGCAUUCUGUGUUACUUCAUGAAAUAAAUGUAGAAAAGUAGAGUAGAAAUGUACUUAAAGCCUCACUGUGGUACUUUUCUGACUGAAGGUCUGCUAAGUGUAGAGAUGUUAUUGCUUUUCAUAGAAUGUUCCAAAGCGGAGGUGUGUAGAACUCAGUUAGAUGUACUAGACCAGGGGUCUCCAACCUGUUGCUCAGGAGCUCCCAGAAGCUCUCCAAGCCCCAUCCAAGAAGCUUGCCAAGGGAUUUCAUUGAAUGGUGAAUUUUAUCAAGGGGAAAGACGUUGUUGCCCUUCUUUCUACGGGAUUUGGGAAAAGCUUAGCCCCGUUAGCGGCUCAUUACAUACAUCACGACCAAAUAGAAGUGAUUUGUUAAAUUUGAAAAAGUACCUGCCUACCAUCGAGCAAACGAAUGCUAAUGCUGUGAGGUCAGACAGUUUCCACAAAGUGAAACCGGCUGAUGAAUGAGGCUAUAAACACUGAGCUUGUUUCCCAAAAUACGGUCCAGUUCUUCAUAAAAUGAACAGGUUACACGUCCACGGCCACUUCUUUUGUCUUUAGCCUCCUUGUAUUUGACUCGCAGGCUCUUUAUUUUUCAUUUACAUUGGAACCUGGACCGCCUGUAGUCAUGCUCGGCCAUUUCUUUGGCAAUCAUUUAAAACACCGCCCAGUUCCCUCCAAGACCUAUCCAAUUUGGCAUGAAUAGAGCGAUCCCCCCCAAAUAUUAAUAAACUUGCUAACCUCGCUUUCCCCCCAUUGACAAGACUCUGAGCCUGAUGUGUAGGUGGAUGAAUGCACUUUGGCCGUUCAGACUGAAGCCACAUGUCAAAAGAUCGGAUAUGUAUCGUUUUUAGGAGCACACAUCCAAGUGGCCUGGCUCACAUUUGAAAAAAUCUGAUCUGUGUGGUUCAGACUGUCAUUAAAAGAUCAGAUACAGAUCACAUAGGGGUGAAAAAUUUUGAUUUGGGUCACUUCAGGCUGCAGUCUGUUCGUAGCCUUACUGUACCUAAAGGCUCACCCUCUUUCUAAUAAUCAUCUCAAUUUCUUGCGACCACUAAAAAUUUUUGUUGACGUAUCUUGAAUGUUUGAAUGAAUGAAAUGAAUGUUUGGAGACCCCUGUUCUAGAGUAACUUGUUAGUAAAAUUGUACUUCUCCAUAGGUUUAGGCAGCAACGUGGCUUAUUGGCACUCAAGAUUUUGGGUUCAGCUUCUAGGUCGCCCAAGCUUUUCUGUGUAGAGCAGGAGUCUCCAACCUGGAAGGGAGGGACAGUCCGGAAUUUUGGACAUAGGACUUCAUUUCCUAGUGAGCCAGAGUGUUGGAGACAUGUGGAGACACACAAAAC